GCUGGACGGAGACGGAUCGGAUCGGCUUUCUCUUGGGUGUGUUCGCUAUUCGCGACGGUGCUUCGGAACGACUGUGAGCCCUAAACGGGUGAAAAACAAUAACAGUUUUUUAGUGCUGAAUUAGUGCUAGCGUGAGCGUUGAAGCGGUGAAAAUCGAAGGAAGAACGUUGAUGAGGAGGAAUUGUAGUUUGAGAAGAUUUAUGGAUUUGGGUUCAAUCGUUGUCCAGCUGUUGUGGAUCUGUUGAGCCAGAACCAAUCGAAAUUGGCUUUUGAGGCAAUUUAGUGUUUAUUUGUUGAUUCGAUCAAACUGUGUGGAAAAGUGGUGUUUGUUUGUUGGUGAAGAAGAGCGAAGACUCAUCAGAGUUACAUAAACAAACACUUUAAUUUCUGAAGUGAUUUAAACUGGCUCUACAAUUUGAUGCGGCUGAUCAACGCGGUUUUUCUCACGCGUUUCAAACAUCGUGAAAAUUCCAUAAAGUGCAGAAUAACGACCGACGUCGGGCAUGACUGCCCGAGAGUGGUGUUUCAAAGGGGCUUAGCAGUGGAAAUAGCACACCAACAAUAAUAAUAACAGAGUAAUAACAGCAAGGUACAGAAGAGCUGAUGUUCGGCACAGUGCACGAUUGAUCUUGAAUGCCGAAGCAGAAGAAGUCUUUAUCGGAUUACACAACCAGUCAAAUAACAGUCAGUCAGUCAGUCAUUGGCGCGAUUAAAAGAAGACAAAGCUGAAGAAGAAGCCGGAGGUGAAACAUUAUUAAAGAAGGUGUCUGGCCGUAUGCAUUGUGUCCACACUCACAAACACACGUACAACACAGGUGAAAAAGUAAAGAAGCAAUAGCAGUAGCGCGAAACACAAAAGAAUUGCGCCGAACGUUGUUUGCUCACACGGAGAUGAAUUGACGGACGGACGGACGGAUGUAUCAGUGACUUUUGGGUUAUUUUUUUUGUUUAAGUCGUUGUCGGUGAUCGAGGAUUGCGAGAUCGGAUAUUGCGACCUCUCUCGUCAGGUGCUACAGCGGAUGAUGUAGUUCAAGGCCUUGAAUUACAUUCCAUCAGCUGACAAACUCCAGCUAACUUCCGAGGAGUCGACCACCCGAGACCACAGCCAGCAAAUUGGGGCAGCGCCAUUCGAGAAGAACCCACAGACGCGCGUUCCGGAACCGAGUUCUUACGGAAAAUUGAGCAGUGAAAAUCGUUGAUGACACACAGUUUGAGUUGGACUAAUUGAAGUCACAGUUGAAUAACCACCACGCGCGCGUCCAAAUUAAAGGUUAUGGGUGGGAAAUUGAGUCCGUUUUUGGGGCAGUCGACGUCGUCGGUUGAGCUUGGACCGCCGCAGUGGGUCAUGAAACGUCGCCAACAAUGGCCGCGCGACUGGUAAUGAUGCAAUCUUGUGGUUUUACUGUCAGCAAGUUGAAAGAGUUAUUCGGAUGUUACCGUUUCGACUGGUAUUGAAGUUGGUGAUUCCGCGCACAGAGAGAAAGGAACUUCGCGAUGACCGCCGGUAGUGGCAACCUUCACCUUAAUCCAUUGAUGGGCCAAGUUUUCGUCACUUGAGGAGUUUCAAAAUUAAAAGUAAUUUAUUCUUUCCCCUUGCGGACGCCAGUCGAGAAAACGAUUUUGUUCAACUAGUGAAAACUAACCUCUUCGUCUCUAUUGAAAGAGAUAGUCAUGGCCGAUAGUCGCGAACGGAUCCGGGGGCCACCGCGUGACGGUCGGGAGGGUUUCACCAGUCCGCGACAGGUGCUUCGCCGGUUGAUGCUACUGUCCGAGGGUCGACAGUACCGUGAAGCGGCCACAGUGGUUGGGCGGCUCGGUCCGUCUGUGCUGCGAUCCGUGGUGGCCGAACUGCCGAUGGAUAUCCUGAUCGAGGCGCUGCCCCACAGCACCUACCUGCUGGAGUCGUUCUUCAAUCGGUUAAACACGGUGGUGCCAAACCCAAAGCCCGAUGUCCCCAGCGAAGCGAUCAUGUGGCACCUGGUGAAGCUGUUUAGCAAUCCACACGAGACCGGCCUGCGGCAACGAUGUACCAAGCUGGCCCAGGCCAUCGGAACGUGGCAACCGGCGCUGCGGGAAGCACUAAUGGCACGCCGGAAGCAGCUGGACCAGGCCAUCGAAGGGCUCGGAGUUCAUGGCCUUACCGCCGACCACACGGGAGCGUUGAUUUGUCUGCACGUGGCGCUUAAAAAUGAACUCCAACGGCACAUUGAGACGUACAAGGCGGCGAUCCACAAGCUGGAGGAACUCAGUACGGUCACGGUGAAUCCGGACCCAGCUCAGUCCUCCCACCAGCGCCUACUGGCCAUCAGCCACGGGGACAUCCAGCAACGACUGAUUGACAAUAAAACGCUUCUGACGAUGCUGGAUAAGCCGGCCUUGAAGCAGCUUGGGCUGCUCAUCGAGAAUCUGUCCAAUCGGGUGCAGAACGAUAAGGAGGCGCUCUUUUGCGUGGGGCAGAUCCGACGAAUCGAUACCUCAGCCAACACGGAGGAGAGACCUGCAGCUGGCCUGUUGAUGAACUACUCCCGGGGUUGCGACGCCGUGCUGGGUCUGAUGGGACCGCUUUCAACGCCGAGCAGCCCGACGAGCACCGGCGGAGGAGGAGGAGGAGGCGGAUGCAGCAGCGGCAGCGACGGUUACCAUUCCGACUCCGAUAGCGAUGAGACUAAUUCCGAGCUGGUGCGACAGUACACCUUGACGUACAGCAAGAACCGCAUCGAUACACUCGAUUCGCUCAACAGUUUGCCCCAGCUCAAGCACGCUCACCAGCUCAAGGCCAAGAUACUGUUCUCGAUCAUCGUGCUAGCGUUCCGCGCCUGCCACGGCCUGAAGGAGCGCAAGGUGCUCGAGGUGCGCCGAACGUUGCACGUGUUGGACGCGAACGAUGACGCGACGGCCGCCCUGGACCGGGCCGUCCGGCAGAACCUCAAAGAAACCGCCGACCGGUUCCCGAUGGGCGACGUCGAGCGACAGGUCGCCAAUCAGGUGUUGUCUACGCUCCACGAGUAUCCCUGUCUGGAGGCGUGCAUUCCUCUGAUCCACUACAUCAGCGAUUGCGUGCGGCUCGCGUGGAAGAUGACCAACCAAACGGUGCCGUACUACCUGGACACGGACUUUACGCUGGGUCUCCUCCAGCCGGACAAGCACGAGCGGUACCCCAUCUCGGAGAAACGCUCCGACAUCAUCCGGGCCUUCCUGUGGCCGGCGUUGAUGCAGAACGGACGCUGCAUCCAAAAGGCAGUGGUGGCCACGUAACGUGAGGAUUAGCAUCCUGCCACAGCUGUAACGACUCUUGCUCAAUAAGCUUUUUUGUUUACCGAAUACAUUACUGAAAGGCAUUUUCCGUUUGUUAUGAACAUUGUUUAACAAGUUGAUCGUAACGAAACUAAUUACCGAAAAUCGAAACACGUUGUACACAAAUGAGGGACUUUCCAAAAAUAGCACCAUAAGAAUUAUCGUUUUAAUCGUUUUAUUGAAUUUUAUUCGGGGCUAUUCGCGAUCCGUAACCGCUAUAC